AAGAGUCAAAGAUCUUUGUUUUUAUUGUUUUGGUAGGGAAGGAGAGAGACAAGUUGAAGAAAGGAAAGAAGAAGAAGAAAUAAUUUAUUUAAUCCUUUUUGUCCAUCCAUUUUGCUAUUUUUUUGUGGUUAAAAUUUUCUUAUUGUUAUACUAAUUACAUUUACACCAUUAAUUACUAUAUUGUUCAUUUUGUGUUAAGCCUUUCACACUUGUUUACAUCAUUAGUACCAAUAUUGAAAACAGUGAACCCAUUUGGGUUGCCAUGAAUUCUAUUUUAAAUGUUGAAAAAGAUGUGGACAAGGUUAUUAAUAAAUUUACGAGCAUCUUGGAUCACUGUGAUACCUGUUUAUCUGAUCUCAUCUCUGAAAUUGAAAACAUGAGAAGAGAUUUACUAGAAUCAAAUGAUCCAGAGGAUAUUUUACCAAGCUCUAUCAGGGUUAACCUUAUAAACCAUGCAAUCAAAAAGAUUCAAGAUGUUACAGUACAAUUGGCAAAGGAGCAUCGUGAUUUUCAUGGUGCCGUAUCACGAGUGGGUAAAGCAAUCGAUAAAAAUUUUUCUGGUGAAUAUGGAUGUAUGGAGAACAGAUCUCUUUGGAGUGAUGAAGAAUCCAAAACCAGUCUUAAUCGUGUUGUGAUUGAGCAUUUUAUGCGUAAAGGAAUGCUGGAUAUUGUAGAUGCCAUAGCAGCCGACACUGGCAUAGAGAUAUCAGAAGAGGUUAAAAAACCAUUCACCGAGUUGAACAAAAUCUUGAUUUCUUUACGUAAGCGUGACUUAAAACCAGCUCUUGAUUGGGUUGAGGCCAACCGAGCUAGAUUGGCGGAACAAAAUUCAAACCUUGAAUUUAAGUUGCAUCGUUUACAGUUCAUUGAGUACCUUUCGCAAGGAGUUGGAAAACAGUCCGAGUUAAUUGCCUUUGCUCGUAAUAAAUUACAACCUCUUGUUAGUAGCCAUGAAAAAGAAAUACAAACUCUCAUGGGAAGCCUAUUAUACCUUAAAACGGGUUUAGAAAAUUCACCUUAUGCCUAUCUAUUGGACAUUCUCAAUUGGAGUGAGAUAUGUGAUGUCUUCAUUCGCGACUCUUGCUGCCUUAUGGGAAUGAGUGUAGAUAGUCCACUCAACAUUGCCUUUGAAGCUGGUACAAUUGCUUUUCCGGCCUUGCUCAACAUCAGACAAAUGAUGAAUUCACGUCGUGUGGCCAAUGUAUGGACCGCUAAAGACGAACUGCCCAUAGUCAUUGAGUUGGAUAGAAAAUUUCAAUUCCAUUCCAUUUUUGCCUGCCCAAUACUCCGACAACAAAGUUCAGAUGCUAAUCCACCAAUGAGAUUAGAUUGUGGUCAUGUUAUUUCUAGAGAUGCUCUUACCAAAAUGUCCAAUGGAAGCACAAAAGUUAAAUGUCCAUAUUGUCCAGUUGAACAGAAUCCUCAGAACGCAAAGCAAAUAUUCUUCUAAACUUGGUAUCAUGCAUCAAAAAUUCAAAAGACAAAAAGUUGGAUACGAGAAGGAAUAACAAUUCCAAAAGUCAUUGUUAUAACUAUUCUUUAAUAUAUAAAUAUAUAUAUUUGACAACUUACUAAAUCAAUCUCAGCAGCUCAUACUUUUCUACUUCUUAACAAAUCAUCGUCAUCUUCAAAGCCAUUGAAACAUCUUUAUUGUUAACAUCGAAGUAUCAGUUGGAUUAACUUCUUCAACUGAGCCACUUUACAAUCAAACAAAAAAAUUGCAAGCUACACUAAUCAAUGUCGAUAAGUCUGAUGCAUCAUCUCCCAUUAAUUAAAUGAAACCGAAACGUUAUUUUACAAAGCACGCGGUUCAGAGUUUUUUAUGGAUGGGAAAUUUAUUACCUUUGAUGGAUAAACAGCAAAGCUUAUAAUGUUUAGCAAACAUUUCCAACUUCAACAGAACACUAAAGAUUUUUUUCAGAAGAGCGAAAAAGACAGCGGAGACCAAGCAAAUCGACAUUUAGCUGUAUCUACCGUUAAAAAACAAAUCUAAUCAAACUUAAUUUGUGUACAUAUGACUUAUAUUUUUACCUUGUCCAUUGAAUUCAAAGGAUCAUGGCGAGCCAUUUCAACCUGUUCAAACAUUGAGACACAAGACUUCAUUUUAGCCUCCUGAUAUAAACCUAUUUUUACGUGAUUAUGAGCUUUGAUUUUAAAACAAAAUCCUCAACCAACUGAAACAAAUCAAUCAAUAUUUUGCUGCGUUCUUCAGUGUUUAAGCUAAGACAAUUUUUCAUACAAGUUCAAAACAAAAAACAACAAAAAUACGAGUACGAAUAAGUGAGGGUCCAAAAUCGAUCAUCAAUACAAAGCGUUCCAAUAUUUGAUAAACGUUUGCAAUCAAAUUGUUCGAUAAAAGAUAAUUAAUCUUCAUAAUAUCUUAAUCUUUUCUAUUGUAACUAAACCGACAAAAAACAAGACAAUUCAAAUAAAUAAAUUGAAAAUA